GCUGUGGAGGUAAAGGGAGGGCUAAGGUGGGCUCACAUUGGAUGUCCCGGCUGGGGAAGAGGCGGGUGCAUACCUGAAGAUGAUGUGGAGUUCAGGUGGCCGCAGGCUGGAACAGCUUCCUGACGUGGAGAAGACACCUCUCACAGGGAGAACAACCUAUCUGCUGCUUGGCCACGAUUGGCCCUUCUGCGCCCUAAUUUCAGAUCUCACGUGGGGGCUCCAGGCAGGAUGUGGGAGGAGCUGUGCAUAGAAGAGAUACUGCGCCCGGAUCUUGCCAUGACUGCCCCCCUAAAUGAAAACAAGGUGCGGCAAACGUCGGCCAUGUGGGGGCCAAGACAGUCCAGUUCCCACCUGGUGGGCCUGAUGUGCUGCAUGGAUGAACGAGACAGAGUACAAAAGAAAACCUUUACCAAAUGGGUCAACAAGCAUCUCAUCAAGGUUCGCAAGCACAUCAAUGAUCUUUAUGAGGACCUGCGAGAUGGACACAAUCUUAUCUCCCUUCUGGAAGUCCUGUCCGGUGUCAGACUUAACAAAGACCCUGAGGCUCCACGGAGCCUGCGACGUAUGCCAUCCCGCCGCCUGUUGAUGAGGGAGGAGUCUGAAGAGAACCCUGAUGAUGCUCCCAGGGAGAAGGGCCGAAUGCGUUUCCACCGGCUGCAAAAUGUGCAGAUUGCGCUGGACUUCCUCAAGCAACGUCAGGUGAAAUUGGUUAAUAUCCGAAAUGAUGACAUCACUGAUGGCAACCCAAAAUUGACCCUUGGAUUGAUAUGGACUAUAAUCCUGCAUUUUCAGAUCUCUGAUAUUUAUGUCAGCGGAGAAUCAGGAGAUAUGUCUGCCAAGGAAAAGCUGCUCCUAUGGACGCAGAAGGUGACGGCAGGAUACAUUGGGGUGAAAUGCACCAACUUUUCUUCUUGCUGGAGUGAUGGCAAGAUGUUUAAUGCCAUUAUUCACCGCUACAGACCUGACCUGGUAGACAUGCAGAAAGUGGAAAUUCAGAGCAACCGGGAAAACCUAGAGCAGGCAUUUGAGAUAGCAGAGAGUCUGGGGGUGACCCGAUUAUUAGAUGCUGAAGAUGUGGAUGUGAAUUCUCCUGAUGAAAAGUCUGUGAUCACGUAUGUGUCUUCUAUAUAUGAUGCCUUCCCUAAAGUCCCAGAAGGAGGAGAAGGGGUCAGUGCCACUGAAAUAGACUCCAAUUGGUUGGAGUAUCAGGAGAGAGUAAUGUCAAUUACGCAGUGGAUCCGCCAGCAUGUACUUCUGAUGUCUGACAAAUCAUUUCCACAGAAUCCUGUGGAGUUAAAGGCACUUUAUAAUCAGUAUGUACAUGUAAAAGAAACUGAAAUUCCAGCAAAAGAACAGGAAAAGGCACAGAUUCAGAAAUUAUAUCAGCUGUUACAGCCCUGGAUUGAGUUUGGUCGUAUCAAACUCCCUUCAUCCUUUCAUCCCAAUGAUGUGGAGGAACAGUGGGGGAAGCUUAUACUAUCCAUGAUAGAGAGGGAGAAAGUUCUUCGGCCUGCUGUGGAGAGGCUUGAGCUGCUCUUACAAAUCGCAAACAGGAUACAGAAUGGCUGUCUGAGCUGUGAAGAGAAGCUGACACUAGCAAGGAAUACACUGCAGUCUGAUGCAGAUAAUGUAGAGUGUGGGCAAAGCACUCAACAAGAGAUUGAAGUGUUACAGUUCCUUCAGGAAAGUGAGAGUCUUCUCCGUCAACUGCAGGCAGAUGUUCAGAUUCUGAGAGAUGAAAAGUACUUCCAGGUGGAUGAACUUGCCUUCAGAGUUCUGCGGAUUCAGGAUGAGCUUCUGACACUGAGACUGGAAUACUCCAACCUGUACAGGAAAGGGAACUUCAUUGGCUCAGACCUACAAACCUCUGUGUCUCUGAACACAUCUCACCCGCAAGGUUUUCACACAUCAGCUACUUCUUCCAUGUCUUGGUUUCGGAAACCAAUGAGUCGGUCAGAGCUGCUUGCUCUGUCCUCAUCAGAAGAUGAAGGCAGCCUCAGAUUUGUUUAUGAGCUCCUUGCCUGGGUGGAAGAAAUGCAGUUAAAACUGGAACGUGCAGAAUGGGGCAGCGAUCUUCCAAGUGUGGAGACUCAACUGGAAAAUCAACGCCAAGUACACACCAGCGUGGAGGAGUUGUCCUCAAGUUUGCGAGAGGCAAGGAGUUAUGAGGUUAAAAUGUCUCCUAAUUUUCGCAGCAGCUAUAGAGAGACUUUAAACAAGCUGGAAAUACAGUACUGCAAACUAAGGGAAACUUCAAGCUUCCGAUUGCGCCACUUAGAGAGCCUUCAUAACUUUGUGUCUCGAGCUACAGCACAGAUCAUCUGGUUGAAUGAGAAGGAAGAGGAUGAGCUUGCUUAUGAUUGGAGUGAUAGAAAUUCCAGCAUGGAGAUGAAGAAGGAUUCCUUUUCUGAACUUAAACUGGAACUAGACCAGAAGCAUGAUGUCAUUCAGUCCUUGCAGGAAACAGCUGAAUUGUUGUCACUAGAAAACCAUCCAGCAAAACAAACCGUAGAGGCAUAUAGUGCUGCGGUUGUCUCUCAAUGGCAAUGGGUACAACAAUUAUAUCUUUGUGUAGAUCAGCAUUUAAAGGAAAAUUCGGCAUAUUUCAAAUUCUUCAGUGAUGUACGGGAAUCAGAAGUUUAUCUGAAAAAUCUCCAGGAGUCAAUUAAAAGGAAAUAUUCGUCUGACCGCAAUACUAGUAUGAACCGAUUGGAAGACAUGCUGCAGGACUCCAUGGAAGAGAAGGAACAGCUCAUCCAAUCCAGAAGUACAGUGGCUAGCUUGGUAGGGAGAUCCAGGAACAUUGUACAGCUUAAGCCCAGAAAUCCAGAAUAUAGUCUAAGUGGAACACUGCCCAUCAGAGCGAUAUGUGAUUACCGGCAAAUUGAGAUGACUAUAUGUACAAAUGAAGAAUGUGUACUUGAAGAUAACUCUCAUAGAACAAAGUGGAAAGUGAUAAGCACAACUGGAAAUGAGGCGAUGGUACCGUCAGUGUGCUUUCUCAUCCCUCCACCUAAUAAAGAAGCAAUAGAUAUGGCUGUCAGGGUGGAACAGCUUUACCAGAAAGUGAUGGCGCUUUGGCAUCAGUUACACGUAAAUACUAAGAGUUUGAUUUCUUGGCAUUUCCUACGCAAAGAUGUUGACAUAGUGCAGGGAUGGAACAUGGACAAGCUUAGGGUUAUGCCUCUGGCAGAACGUCUGCAGACUCUAUCCAGUCUCGAAUCACACCUGGAUGAUUUCUUGGAAGAUAGCAAAGACUCACAGAUAUUCUCAUCUACUGAUCGCCUCAACAUGGAGCAAGAAGUAGAGACCUGUAAAGAGCAAAGCAGGAAGCUGGUGGACCUAAUUGAGGCUGAAGAUAAAGAUGAGUCUUUAGCACAAACUUAUUUAUCAGAACUUCACAACAUUCGUCUGCACUUGGAAGAAUGUGAACAGAGGCUAGUGAGGAAGUUACAGAGUCCUUCAGGCUAUGAUGGAGAAGCUGUACAUGAAAAUGCCAUCAGGAUAUGUGAACAAGAGAGAAUGCAGGAGGAACUAAAGAGAUUAAAAUCAGAACUGUCAAUGGUAUCAGAGCGCUGUGACCAUUUCUUGCAUAUGUCUCCAUCUGGCUCCAGUACUCCAAAUGUUCGCUCAAAGCUGGACCUCGUAGUUGGGAAGAUGGAUCAGGUCUAUGGCUUGUCGUCUGUAUUUUUGGAAAAACUGAAGACAGUAGAUGUGGUUAUACGGAGUCUACAGGGUGCAGAAGCCGUUGUUAAAGGAUUUGAAACCCGGCUUAGUCAGGAAGAUACUAUUGCUGCAGAUCCAGUUGCUAUUCAGUGUCAACAGGACUUAUUACAGCAAUGGCUGAAUGAAGCAAUAGAGAAAGGCAAUGUGAUUUCUGCUCUGGAGGAGGAUGUCGCAAAAUCAAAGGAAGUAAGAGAUCGCUUAAAUCGGAGGACUCAAGAACGCAGUCUUGAUGUAGAGCAAUAUCAAGAGAAGACGGCUAAGCUUCGGGAGCGGUGGAGUGGCGUGCACACUCAACUGGAAACACGGCAAUCCGAAUUGGCCACAAUAAGAGAUGUAUUAAAGAGCUACAGGGGGCACCAUGAUGGUUUAAUCCAGUGGAUAGAGGCAACAAAGUCACAGCAGGAAAUGAUGAAACCUGGACAGUCAGAAGACAGGAAAGUCUUGUCCGAGCAGCUUAAUGAACAAACGGCACUGGUGGCUGAAAUAGAGCGGAAUCAGCCUCGUCUAGAUGAAUGUCAGGCCCUUUCCCAGCAGUACUCUGUGUCUGUGAAGGAUUAUGAACUGCAGUUGAUGACAUACAAGGCCUUUGUAGAUUCGCAUCAGAAGUCACCACUAAAGCGGAGAAGAAUGCCUUCUACCUCAGAUGUUAUAACACAAGAGUUUAUGGAUCUCCGCACUCGUUACACUGCUUUGGUGACUUUAACUACACAGCAUGUCAAGUACAUCAGUGACGCCCUACGAAGACUUGAAGAAGAAGAGAAAGUCCUUGAAGAAGAGAAAGAAAAGCAUGUUGAGGAUCUGAAACAACUGUCUAGUUGGGUUUCUAGCCUGUCUCAUAUGGUGUCAUCGCGUGGAGGGAACAGUGCUGAUCUGAAAAAGUCAAUUUCCGAGAAAAAGGCACUAAGUGAAGAGCUUCUCUCAAAGAAAGAUGAAGUUUCGGAAGCUAUUAAGUCUAUGCAGAUCUUCCUGGCCAAGAACAGUGAUAAGUUGUCCCCUGAGGAGAAAGUGGAGAUCUCUUCUCAGAUCCAGGAGCUGAAGGACACCUAUAAUAAACUCUGUGAAGAGUCUGAUAACCAGAUACAAGUGCUUCAUACUGAGCUUGCUCGGGAGGCCGAACAAAAGGGGAGUCCCACAAUUGCUGGAGUUAUAGAUUUGGGAUCUAUGGAGAUUUUUCCCAUAUUCUGGGCAAUGCAGAAAGGUCUUAUUGACCAAGAUACUGGCUUUAUGCUUUUGGAGGCUCAGAUUGUCUUGUCUGGCUUGAUUUUUCCUGAAACAAAUGAGAAAAUGACUUUAGAAGAAGCUCUUGAGAAGAAGAAUAUUGAUCUAAGGAUUUUCCAGCGUCUUCAUCCUCUGAGUGUAGCAAACUCCUUGCUAGAAAUACACAAAGAUGAGAAGCACAAAAUUCAUGUCCUUGUUACUGCCAUCAAAGAAGGAGAAAUCACUGAAAGUGUUGGUCUGAAAAUCUUGAACAUUUAUCUAUCUUCUGGCACACUUCCACCAUCUACUGAUGCAGAACAGUCUAUCCAGCGUAUGCUAGUUAGUAGCAACUUAAUGGAAAAGAUCGAGACCUCUUCUAAGACGUUUAUUGAUCCAAACACUGCAAAACGAGUGAGUUUAAAAGAAAUCAUGGAAAGCUGCAUUAUUCAUGAAUCCACCGGCCUAAGGCUCAUCCCGGUCAAACAGCUAGCUGGUGGAAUGGUGUGUCUCAGAUCAGGCAAAAAAGUCAGCAUCUUUAAGGCAGUGCAAGAAGGACUUAUCGACAGACAAAUCGCUAUAAGACUUUUAGAGGCUCAGUUGUUUGCAGGUGGAAUAGUAGAUCCGAAAACUGGACAUAGACUUAGUGUGGAUGAAGCAGUGCGAUACCAUUUGAUGGACAAGGAUAUGGCUUGUGCUUUACUUUCACGACAGCUCAUUGAUGGUGGCAUUAUUGAUGUUGCAGCUGAACAAAGAAUUUCAUUGGACGAAGCAGUGAAAUGCCAUCUUAUAGCACCAAAGCUCGCUCUUCUUGUAUUGGAGUCACUGACCUCACUGAAGGGCUUUGUAUGGCCAGAAUCUGGUCAAGUCAUUCCUGUUUCAGAUGCCCUUCAAGAAGGCAAUGCUUCUACUGAACUGGCAAUGAAAGCUCUUGACAACAGACAUCAGAUUCAAGGCCUGUAUAUCUUAGAAAAGAAAGAAGUUAUGUCUUGGGACAGAGCCAUUAAGUGUGGUAUCUUAGAUGAAAACAAUGCUAAAACAUUGCAGUCUAGCGUAAUUCCAGAUAUAGUAUCCAGUGUCUCAGCAGAAAGCGCCCAUCAAGCUGAAGUCCAGCCAUUCUCUGGAACUAGCAGCUCACAUCCUGUUGACAAGAGCGCCUGGGACAUUCUAAAGAAUUCACAGUCUGAAGACAAAGAAAAACUGGUGACUUCUUUCAGACACUUGAGCUACAUAAACUUUCAGAAUGGUCAGAGACUAUUGCUUAUUGAAAAUCGAGAAAACAAUGUUUAUGAGCUGCUCUUAGGAAAGCGUCAACACAAUUUUAGUGGAGAGAGUCCUGAUCUUAAACACUUUGCUAAUACAAAUGUUUAUGAUCUAGAAAAGACCAGAGGUAUUGGAGGCAUAAGUACAGACAAGGAGAAUGAGCCAGAAUCAUGCCUGUUGUCAAGAGAGAGCGAUUUGUCCUCAUGUGUGGGUCAUCCUCAAACACAGGAGACAGCAUCUUUUCAACUUAAUAGUUCAGUACAAAUCCAGGGCCAAAAUGCCUCCAAAGAAAUGGCUGAUGCUAUUCAAUCUGCACUCCCUAGUAGCCGAAUAGAUGAUGCUAGGACAUCAGCGACGACUCCUGAUAACAGAGCUCUGGGUGCUAGCCAACAGUGCUUCACAUCUGAGGCUGAAAGGCUGCAAAAUCAGACAGAUGUUCAAAAACAUGUACUUAAUAAAGAAAAAUCUUUAUCAAAAAUCUCUUCUGAUGGGAAAAGUGAAAAUAUUAACACAGACCUUAUUUCCUGUAAAGGAUUGCCAAAGAGAGAUGAGGUAGAAGACUUCAGAGAUGCAAGCAAUCAACCAGAAGAGAUGGAUGCUUCAUUGUCUCUUUCUGUUGGAAAUGUUCCCUUUGACAUGGAAGUAGAGGAUACUUUAGAUAUGCUGUCUGAACAGAUAAUCAAUGGGGGCAUUAUAGAUGCAAAUUCCAAUCAGAAACUUCUGCUAAAUGAGGCAGUUGCACUGGGUGUAAUCUCAAGCCACACUGCUUUACAACUAAUGGAGAGACUUGGACUGUUCUCUGGAUUUUUUGAUUCCCAGACAUGUGAAGCAUUAACUAUCCAGGAUGUGAUAGAUGAGGGUCUGAUGGAUGAGAACCUCUUGCAAAAAGUCUUCCGCUCAGACAAGUCAGUUGCUGGUGUUGUAGACAUGCAAAACAGCCAGAUAUAUUCGAUUCAAGAAGCUAGGAAAACAGAACUUAUUGCUGAAGAAGUAGCUAGACAUAUUUUAGAAGUCCAGGUAAUCACUGGGGGUAUACAUGAUGUGAAGAGAGGCAAGAGGAUAUCGGUCACAUUGGCUUCUAGUUUGAACUUUGUAAAUUCUUCAGAAAAGGAAGAACUGAUAAAGUUAGAAAAGGCUUCUAAAGGCAAAAGUACAGACAAAAGGGUCAAAGAGAAACUCCAAAGUCUACAGUUAGAAUCAAGUGGUAUCACAGAUCCUAAAUCUAACAAAGCUUUGUCUGUAGUAGAAGCUCUCAAUAAAGGUGUUAUUAACAGACAUGAUGCUAUCCUGCUCUUGUCGAAGCAAAUUCAAGAUGGUGGUAUAAUCCAUCAUUUAUCAGGAAUUCGGUUUUCUGUGAUUGAUUCUCUUAAACACGGGUUGGUUGAUCAAGAUUUGUUUGAGGAACUUUCUGAGUUUGAGUGUAUUUAUCAGUUACAGCUUUCUGGGUCAUCAGGAAGGGCUCAAGGAAUUGUGUCUACACAUAAUGAUAGUAUCAUGCCAUGUCAAGAGAGCAGUGUUAUUCCAUAUACAGAUGUAUUAAAAAAAUGCAAAAUUGAUGUUUUGACUGGACACAGAUAUGUACAAUGUGAUUUACUGGAAAAGCAUGAGUCGCCUACAGUCACUGUAGACUCUAACUUGGAAUUGCCUCACUCAAUAGCUCCUGCUCAUAAGCAGGUGCAAGAUGAGCACACAUAUGCUUCAGAAGAUAACCACAGUCCUCAAGAUAAUCAUGAGGAGAUUAAGAAGAGAGUUCAUGCUAUUCACAAGAUUGCAAUCGAGGAGCAGGUACAAGAUUCUACAUCUCUGAUUAGGAGUAAUGUUACAAAUACUGAAGCUCCAUCUGAAAGUAAAGCACAUUUUGAUCUAAUGAAAUCAAACAUUACAGAAGAUCAUAUGGUGGUGGAUGCUAAUGCCAGUGAUUUAAAGAUGCCAAUGCAUUUUAAGAAGGAAGCCUCUCUCAAUGAUAAUGUGCCAACAUUACUUGCUAAAAACACCUCAUCCAUUGUUGACGUGACCAAACUGAGUACCAACAUCAAUGGAUCGUCAGUCCUGUGUAAUGAGACCACCAUGACAUCUUUCAGUGACAAAGUAGACUCUAAAGUAAACCAAACAGCUCAAUCUGAGACCCUAAGUGUCAUAACCUCAUCCAUAAAGGAUGCAGCAGUUGUAAAAAAUGUGUCAUCUACUGGGCUUCUGGAGCGGUCAGUUGUACAAGAAGCUGUAUCUGGUAAAGAGGCAAGAAAGGACAAGUCUUCAAGUGCAGAUGAUAGUUCAUUUGAUUUCUCAUCUGGUCUUUGUAACAUUCAAAUAGAUGAUGGAAAAUCAUAUUUACCUGGUAACCAGAAAAUUGAACGCAAACCUACAGAAGGCGACCCAUCUAUAACUUCUAUUCUUUCGCAAAUUGUAAAAGAACAGGAUACUGACCGCAGUGAUAAAAAGGCACAAUCUUCUUUGCCUGAUCUUGAUGUUCCACAGCUCACCGAGAAACACCAAACUGUUGCUGAUGUGCAAGAUAAGAUACAACUCAGUCAGUCCGCAACAGAACUGGAAAGUCAUAUAGUGCAUCGCAAUGUUGUAGGUCAGCCAGUAGAAUAUAAGCAUGUAGAGCAUACAGGGAUCAUAAAAGAUCCUCUGGAUGGAAGUUUUGUUUCCAAAGAUAGAAAAAUGUCAGUUGGUAAAGAUGUCUUGAAGCCAAUGCACAGCGAUUCUAGUGAACAUGCAAAUGUGCCCGCUGUACAGAAGGCCUCUGAGCAAAUGGACAAGAUGGCAUGUAAGAAAACAGAGAAGAAGACUCUUACAUCUGUUAGUCACGUGAAACAAAGGAAAUCAAAGGAGGUAUCUAGCCUUCAAGGGCAUGCUCGAAGUUCAGUGACGAAAGCCAGAGUAAAUAGAGAGCAAUCUGAUGGUGUCCAAAACAUGGACAUAACGAUUCAAGUGGGAGAAGGUAGUCAGCGUGUUAGAGAAACAGAUCGUAAUUCUACAUUUCUGACCAAAGGACCACCCAAGAGCUUUCAAGAUGCCCGAAAUAAGCAAGCUUGCCUUCAGCAUGAAGAGAAUCUUGUGUGUUUUCUCUCAAUGCUUCGAGAUAUUGAAGUAAGACUGGGAUCACUGCAGCCUGUCUUACCAGGCCUACAAGAUGUCCAGGAGAAAUUGAGACAAGCAGAGGUGCUAGACCAGGAACUGAAGAAUUUGGAAUCUCAUGUAGCGAAGGAGCUUGACUUUGUGAAGUUGAUUGUAUCCGAACAGCCUCCUCACGUGCCAUCUCAGCUCCUGCGGGCUUUAGAAAAAGAUGCCAAGAACUUGGAGAAAUCUCUUAAUUCCGUCAGAGGGAUUUCAGAGUCUCGGGUUAAACAGCUCCAGGAUGUGUUUGAGCUUGAAAAGGGAAAAGUCUGUGCUGAGCAUCAUGAGCUCAAAAGCAAACUGCAGACUCUUUUGCAGAAGGUAAAGGAGAUCUCAGACUCUCUUGACUGCCAGAAGACAAGUGGUUUUGGAUCAGUAUCUACAGUAGGCGAAGAGAUGAAUAUUGUAGAGAAUUUGAAGCAACCUGUGUCAGACAUCAGGGUCGAUCUGGAGAACAUUGCCUAUGACGUCCAGCUCUUUAUUUCUGAGCAAGCUCAAGAUUUGUCGCCACAACAAAGUCGCACGUUACUUCGUCUUUUGAAUGAGCUGCAGAAAUCUUUUCGGGAAACCUCUGAAAGAUUGUUGGCUCAGAAUGAAGUGCUGCAGUUCCGUGAACGUCAGACUCUUCAGGAGCAGCAGGUGGUUUGUGCCCAGGAACUGGAAGGCUUGAGCUCUUGGACUGAAGAAAUAGAAAAAGCUGUGAAUGAUCACCAGACUGGUGCCAGCACGCAGGACCUCUCUAGUCUGCAGGAUCAGUACCAGAGCAUGCAGAACCUCCAUAAGGAUGUUCAAGCCCGAGCUAAGCAGUUUUCAAGAGCCAUCAAAACAGCAGAGAACUUCCUUGAACAGAAUAGAAACAAAAUGAAUCCAGAAGAACUGGAGGCCUUCCAAAGGAAGUUGCAGAAGGCUAAGGAACAGUACCAGUCUGUGCUUCAAAAAACAGGGGAGACAGAGAAACAGUUAGAGUCUGCAGUGAGCACUGCCGUUUUAGAGGAAACCAAAAAGUCUAAAACCGCUGAAGAGCUGAAGGAAAAUCUAGGAAAGAUUGAGUCACUCCUGUGUCAGGUCCUUCCAUCUCUCCCAAAUAAAAGCAAUCAGCAGAAAGUCAGUGUUACUGAUGGGAAAGAUCCUGGGAAGAAACUGCAGUCAUCUGUAUGUCCUCCUGAAGAUGCUGCUGACAUAAUUAAUGAAUUGUAUGAGAGAAAAAAGACACAGCAUCAAGAAAUGUUAGCCAAACAGCAAAAUUUCAUCUUGACCAUACAGUCAGCACAAGAUUUCUUAGACAAACAUGGUAGCACGUUAUCCCCUGAAGAGAGAGAGCGGUUGCAGAACCAGCUGGCACGUUUGAAGGAGGAGUACGCUACCUCGUUGUCUCAAUCUCAGUUACAACUGAAGCAUUCACAAAGCCUGCGUGAUGACCUGCAAAACUUCAUUCAUGACUCUGGAGAGUUUGAGAACUGGCUUCACCAGAGUGAAAAAGAAUUGGAUAACAUGCAGAAUGGGAAUUCAGACUUCACAGCGUUACAUGACUUACUGCAGCGACAAGGCGAUUUUUCUGAAGAUGUGAUUUCACAUAAAGGAGAUCUGCGAUAUAUUACCAUUGCUGGUCAGAAAGUCAUUGAUGCAGAAAAAGCAGCUUCUGAACAGUGCGAUGAAGGGUUGGAAGUGCAAGUGGCUGGAGCUUUGGUGAAAAAUAAACUUGAAGAUGCUUCCAAAAGAUACAGUGCCUUGCAUUCAAAGUGCUCCAAGCUGGGAACUCACUUAAAUAGUUUAUUGAACGGGUACCAGCAGUUCCAGGAGGGCUCAGAUGCCGCGGUGAGUUGGCUGCAGAAGGCUGAACUAGCUGUGGAAAGGUUACUUUCUGAACCAGUAGCAUCAGAUACAGUCGCUCUGCAGUCUCAGCUGGAGAAAGCAAAGAGUAUGCAGUGUGAUAUUGCAGAGCAUCAAGUACACGUGGAAAAAGUUCAUAAGACAGUCCGUGGCCUCCAAGAAAUCCAAGGAGAUCCACUGCCAGACUGUAGGAAGAUCCAGGCAACAGCUGAUUCCAUUGAAAGUCGAUACCAGAGUCUUUCCAGCAAGAUGGCCGCUCACUCCGAUUUACUGCAGAAGUCAGUAGCUCAGACGCAGAGUGUGCAAGACGGCCUGGAACACCUCUUGCACUGGUUAGAAGGAAUAGAAAAGACCGUAGAGGGACAAAACCAGGCAUCCAUGUCUUCUUUAUCGAUUCAGGAAGCUCUUGCUCAGAACAUGAAAUUAAGACAGGACAUUGGAAGUAGAAGAGGGAGCCUGGAUGCCACUGGUGAAAUGGUGGUGAAGUUCAUGGAGACGGCAGACAAGACAGCAGCCGCAAACCUUCAGAACAAGCUCUCUGAAGUCACGGCACGGUUUGACAAAGUGUGUCAGCAGCAGAUCGUACAAGAGACUGCUCUAAAAGAGGUCUUGCCAAAAGUGGAAAGAUAUGAGCAGAUCUCAGAAGCAUUGCAAGACUUUAAAGAAACAAGGUCACAAUUGCUGGCAUCAGGAAACCAGCCAGAUAGAGACAUUGCUCAGUUUUCAGAGCAAAUUCAGGAGUUGAAUAUAGAAAUAAAGCAACAGGGAGAGCAACUGGAUACACUUGAACAUCUAGUGAAGGAUUUGAGCACCUGCCCUUUGCUUCUCGAUACCUCGGAGCACUUACAGAAGGUUUACUCCCUGAAGAAGGCUUUUCAGGAUCUACAGGAGGCAGCAAAAGACAGACAACGUGAAGCAUUGUCUUGCCAGGAAGAAUUGGAGGAGUUCAAGAGGCUGGUUGGGAAUAUGAGGAAGUGGCUGAAGGAUAGUGAAGACAGUGUUCCAUCAUGUGAAGGUUCACAUGGAUCGCUUGAAUUACAGAUCUUCCUACAGCAAGUCGAGGACCUCUUAAAAGAGUGGAAAAUGAAAGGUCCCCAAGUGGAAGUCAUUGCUCAAAAAGGAUCUGAAUUGGAGAACAGAAUAAUGGAGAUAACAGCUUCAGAAAGCCAACUGCAAAGAGGUUCUGUUCUGAUGGCUUCAGUGAGCACAGUAGGGAAUGUUAAUGGAUAUCAUACUUGCCAAGAUUUGACCGGGAUCCAGUGUGAUGUCUCUGAGAUUAGUCAGGCAUAUGAAGAUCUUGGAGAGGUACUGAAUAACCGCGAGGAGCAAUUAUCUUCCAUGUUGGAAAAGAUGACGAAGGUUCAACAAGAAACAAAUCAGAUGCUGAAGUGGUUGGAGUCUAAAGAAAGAGUCCUAACUGCUGUCAAUGUCUCUCCAACAAAGAGUGAAGUUGUUAGAGCACAAGCAGAACAGAACAAGGAAUUUAUAUCUGAACUCGAGAAGAGUUCUGAAAAAGUGGAAAAGUUGAAAGGUGAAUUGAAAGAUUUGCUGGAGAAGCAUCCCAACUCCCCUGAGGCCGAAACCUGGAGGCAAAUGCUGGAAAACCUUAAUGAACAGUGGGAUCGAGCAAAUCAAGUGACCUCGGAGCGACAGCAAAAACUGGAGGAGUCUGCCAACCAACUGGCUAUCUUCCAAGCUGCGGGCUCCCAGCUACGGCCUUGGUUGACAGAGAAGGAGCUGAUGAUGAGUGUUUUGGGGCCUCUUUCAAUUGAUCCCAACAUGCUGAGCGCACAGAAACAGCAGGUUCAGUUUAUGUUAAAGGAAUUUGAAGCUCGCAAAGCCCAGUAUGAAGAGCUAAAGCAUGCAGCCUAUGGUAUCCUAACAGGACCUGGAGAUGAAUCUCCAUCCACCAGCCAGGUUGAAGAUGAUUUCCAUGAAAUCAGUCAAAAGUGGACAGCGUUAACCAACCGUCUGAAUUCCAGAGCUGACCAUAUUGACCAAGCUGCUGUGAAGAGUGCUCAUUACCAAGAGGUCCUACAAGGUCUUACAGACAAGAUAAAACAGACUGGCAAGAAGCUUGGUGCACAGCCAGCAGUUAGCAGUCAACCUGACGCAGUAAAGAAACAGUUGCAGGAAACUAGCGGAAUUCGAUCAGAACUGGAGGCCCUUGCCCAGGAAGUCACAGAAACUCAGGUCUUAUGCAGUGAAUUGUCUGAACUUGUGGCAGAACCAUACCUCAAAGAUGAACUUCAAAAGCGGCUUGACACUGUGGCCCUUCCUCUUAAAGGGAUGGAAGAUUUGGCAGCGGAUCGUGUAAAUCGGCUGCAGACAGCUCUUGCUAGUUCUCAGCAGUUCCAGCAGAUGUUUGAUGAGUUGAGAAACUGGUUGGAUGAAAAGCAGACCCAGCAGUCCCAGAGUCAACCAAUAUCAUGCAAACUGGAAAAGUUACAAUCUCUACAUCAGGACCAGGAGGAAUUCCAGAAAACAUUGAACCAGAAUAGUGGGUCUUAUGAAAUGAUCGUUGCUGAGGGUGAGUCUUUGCUUCUGUCCUCUCAGCCUGGCGAAGAAAAAACUUCACUUCAAAAUCAGUUAGGAUGUCUGAAAUCAAACUGGGAGGAGUUAGGGAAGAAGACAUCAGAAAGACUUGGCAAACUUAAAGAUUGUUUGCAUAAAGCCCAGAAGUACAAAAGACAUGUUGAAGAUCUUGUGCCUUGCUUAGAUGACUGUGAGAACCAACUGAAAGAAAUGCAGGUCACUCUUGACCCCAUGCAACUUGAUGCCCAGCUUCUAAGAGCAAAGGUUCUACAAAGUGAAAUAGACAAGAAACAUUCUCUGUUGGAGAUGAUGAAUACCACAGCUGAUCUCCUUACUGAAGCUGCUGAAGUUGAUGACCAAGAAAUUUUAGAGGAGAAAGCCGAACUGAAUCAGAGGAUGGACAGUGUCACGGAACAGCUCCAUGACAAGGCAGGGUCUAUUGAAGAGAUGUCCUUGAGGCUCAAAGAACUUAAUGAUAGUUUUAAAAAUAUUGAUAAGAAGCUGGAAGGAGCAAAACAUCACUUGGCGAUCUAUGCAGCACUUGGUUCCCAAGCUUGUAGCAGUAAGAACUUAGAAAACAUGAAGUCCCAGCAGGAAAUGCUCCAGAACUUGGACACACAAGUUCAGUACUUGAAAAACAUUAUCCAAGGUUUGACUGAAGAUGCACCAAAAGGUUCUGAUGUCUCUUGUCUCCUGCGCCAGGCAGAAGAUGUACAACAUGACUUUGAGACCAUAAAACAAGAGGUGAAUGAGUGUUGCUUGAAUAUGGAACAAAAACUUCAAGGAAUUGGUCAAUUUCAUGCUAAUGUUAGAGAAAUAUUCUCAAAUCUGACUGAUCUAGAUGAUGAGCUUGAUAACAUGGGCCCAGUGGGGCGAGAUGUAGACAGCCUGAGGUCACAAACUGAAGUCAUCGAGAAGUUUUUAGAAACUGUACAAGCCCUAAAAUCCGAUGUAGAGUUCUCAGAAAAGAAAUGCAGGGUUAUGUUAGAGAACGAGGGAGGACCUGAUCUUAUUGCAUUAAUGCGAGAACUUGGCACGUUGAAUAAGCAGUGUAUUAAACUGACCGAAAGGGGCAAAAAUCGACAGGAGCAAUUAAAGGCCACACUGGGAAGAAUUGAGGACUUCAACAUGAAACUAAAAGAGCUGAAGCACCAGAUUUUGACGGCAGAGGGCAGCAGUGCAUUGCAGGAGGUGGUUGGGACUGAAGUGGAAGCUAUUAAGCAGCAAUUAAAAGAUUUUAAGGUUUUUCAGAAGGAACAGGUAGACUCUGUGCAGGCGAAGCUUCAGCAAGUAAAUGGCCUUGGCCAGGGUCUGAUUCAGAGCGCAGACAAGAACUGUGACGUGCACGGACUAGAACAUGACACGGAGGAGCUGAACGCCAGGUGGAACACACUCAACAAAAAGGUGGCAGAGCGAGUGACCCAGCUACAGGAGGCCCUGCUGCAUUGUGGGAAGUUCCAGGAUGCUUUGGAACCGUUGCUCAGCUGGCUCACCGACACUGAAGACCUGAUUGCAAACCAAAAGCCGCCCUCUGCCGAAUACAAGGUGGUGAAGGCUCAAAUUCAGGAGCAAAAGCUCCUGCAGCAUCUCCUGGAUGACCGUAGAUCAACUGUGGACAUGAUUCAAGCUGAAGGUACAAGAAUCGCAGAUGGUGCUGAUCCUGCAGAUGGGGACAAGAUAAACCGCCAGUUGGAGACCCUCAAGGAGAGAUGGUCAUCUCUGCUGCAGAAGGCACAGUCAAGGCAGAAACAACUUGAUGACAUAUUAGUUUUAGCCAAGCAGUUUCACGAAACAACUGAGCCCAUAUUUGACUGGCUCUCAGCCACCGAAAAGAAGUUGGCAAACUCUGAGCCAAUUGGCACUCAGACUGGGAAAAUUCAGCAACAGAUCCUACGCCACAAGAGUCUAGAAGAUGAUGUAACAGUCCGUGAGACUGAUGUUUGUCAAGCCGGCAGGCUAGUCGACAGUCUUUCUGCCCUGUGCUCUGCAACAGAACGCGAUAGGUUGGCACAGAAACUAGACGACUUGCAUGCUCGGUACACAGAGGUUCAGGAUCUCUGCAGCAGAAAAAGUGCCUUGCUGGGGCAAGCUCUGAGCAAUGCCAGGCUGUUUGGGGAGGACGAAGUGGAAGUCUUGAACUGGAUAGCAGAAGUAGAGGAUAAAUUAAGCUCUGUCUCUGUUAAGGAUUACAAGCUGGAGGUCCUACAGAAUCAACACAAAAACCAAAUGGCCCUAAGUGAAGAAAUAACCAGUAGAAAGAAAAAUGUGGAUCAAGCUGUUAAAAACGGACAAGCUCUGUUGAAGCAGACAACAGGUGAGGAGGUCCUGCUGAUCCAGGAGAAGCUGGAUGGCAUCAAGACACGGUACACCGAGAUCACAGCAUCCAGUGGGAAGGCUCUCAGAACAUUGGAGCAGGCCUUACAACUAGCCAGCAAAUUCCAGACUACCCAUGAUGAAUUGACCAGCUGGCUAGGAAGGGUUGAAGAAGAACUUGCUCGAUCAAGUGGCCAGUCACCUGCAGGAGAUCAGAUUCCACAAUUCCAACAGAGACAAAAGGAAUUAAAGAAGGAAGCCAUGGAGUACCGCAUAGUCCUUGAUACCAUUAACGAGGUGGGCAGUGCCCUGCUGGAACUUGUGCCUUGGAGAGCCCGCGAGGGUCUAGACAAGCUCGUCUCGGAUGCCAAUGAGCAAUAUAGAUCAAUCAGUGCUACUAUUGGACACAGGGUUGAUCAGAUAGAUGCUGCAAUUCAAAGAUCACAGCAGUACGAGCAAGCUGCUGACGCUGAGUUAGCCUGGGUGGCUGAGACCAGGAGAAAACUGUUGGCCCUCGGUCCAGUCUGUCUGGAGCAGGAUCAGACUACAGCUCAGCUCCAGGUGCAGAAGGCUUUCUCUGUAGACAUUAUCCGCCAUAAAGAUUCUAUUGAUGAGCUGAUUGGCACGCAGGAAGAGAUUCUGGGUACAUGUGGAGAUGGACAAAAGGCCACUUUGCAAGAGAAAACAAAAUUAUUGCUGCAGCAGUAUGAGGAUGUCAGCCACAUAAACUCAGAGCGGUCAGCCCGUCUGGAACGUGCUCAGGUUCUUGUGGGUCAGUUCUGGGAAACUUAUGAGGAGUUAAACCCAUGGAUUGAAGAAAUGAAGACCACCAUAUCCCAGCUGCCACCUCCUGCUGUCGAUCACGACAUGCUUAAACAGCAGCAAGAAGAAAUCCGGCAACUAAGAGAAUCCGUUUCGGAACACAAACCACACAUUGACAAGCUUCUGAAGAUUGGUCCACACUUAUGUGAACUGAAUCCCGAGGAAGGGGCGGCCGUGCAGGAAAAGUACAAUAAAGCAGAAGAGCUCUAUCUUGGAAUUAAGGAAGAUGUUCGCAACAUGGCUAUGGCAUUGGAUGAUGCACUGGCACAAGCUGCUCAGAUUGUGGAGUUCCAUGACAAGGUGGGACCUAUGUUGGAGACACUCGAGAGCAUGGCGUCUCGCCUACAUAUGUCUCCUCCCAUACCUGCAGAAGUGGAAAAGAUCCGGGAUUGUAUCAGUGACAACAAGAACACACUUAUGGAACUUGAAAAAUUACUGCCUUCCUUUGAGGCCUUGAAACAUCGUGGGGAAGAGCUACUCAGUCGCUCACAAGGUGCAGACAUGGAUCCGGCGGCGAAAGAAAUUCAAGAUAAGCUGGAUCGGCUUACAUUCUUCUGGGAAGAUAUCAAAACCAAAGCAGACGAGCGUGAAAUGAAAUUGUUGGAUGUUCUUGAGCUGGCAGAGAAGUUUUGGUUGGACAUGAAUUCACUGCUAACCACUAUUAAAGACACACAUGAGAUUGUCCAUGAUCUGGAGAGUCCUGGAAUUGACCCGUCAAUGAUUAAACAGCAGAUUGAGGCUGCAGAUUCCAUUAAGGAGGAGACUGAUGGACUUCACGAAGAACUGGAGUUUAUUAGGAUCCUUGGAGCUGACCUCAUAUUUGCUUGUGGAGAGACUGAAAAACCAGAAGUAAAGAAAAGCAUUGAUGAGAUGAAUUCAGCCUGGGAAAAUCUGAAGAAAACUUGGACAGAACGUCUGGAGAAACUUAGAGAUGCAAUGUCCCAUGCUGUGCAGUAUCAAGACACCUUGCAGGCAAUGUUUGACUGGUUGGAUAAUGCUGUGAUUAAACUAUGCGACAUGCCUCCUGUUGGGACAGAUACCAAUACAGUGAAGGAGCAGAUCAAUGAAAUGAAGGCGUUUAAGGUGGAGGUUUACCAGCAGCAAAUUGAAAUGGAGAAAUUAAAUCAUCAAGGAGAGCUGAUGUUGAAGAAAGCCAUUGAUGACACAGAUCGAGACAUCAUUCGGGGACCACUCACUGAGCUGAAGCAUUUAUGGGAGAAUCUUGGAGAGAAAAUUAACCACAGACAGCACAAAUUGGAAGCCGCCCUGCUGGCCCUUGGACAAUUCCAGCAUGCUUUAGCAGAGGUAAUGUCAUGGCUGUCACACACAGAAGAGUUGCUAGAGGCUCAGAAACCCAUCAGUGGGGACCCUAAAGUUAUUGAGGUGGAGCUGGCAAAGCAUCAUGUACUGAAAAAUGAUGUGCUAGCUCAUGAGAGUACAGUGCAAACUGUCAACAAGGCUGGAAAUGAACUGCUGGAGUCCAGUGCCCGAGAUGACGCCAACAGCCUUAGAAGUCGGCUGCAGAUGCUGAACCAGUCGUGGGAGUUUGUACUGCAGAGGACCGAGGAGAGAGAGCAGCAGCUCGACAUGGCUCUUCAGCAGGCUCAAGGCUUCUCUGGUGAGAUUGAAGAUUUCAUCCAGUGGCAGAGCAGAAUAGAAGGCCAACUUUCAGCCGCCAAACCCACUGGUGGACUUCCAGAGACAGCGCGUGAGCAGCUUCAGACUCAUAUGGAAUUGUAUGCUGAAGUGAAGGCAAAUGAAGAGCUAUAUAAACAGCUUUUGGACAAGGGGCAGCUGAUGAUUUUGAGCCGAGAUGAUUCUGCAGGCUCUGCCACAGAUCAGAACGUUGCCCUUCUGAAGAGAAAAUGGCAGAACAUUAACAACAAAGUAGAUGAGAGGAAGACUAAAUUGGAAGAAGCUCUCGGCCUAGCCACAGACUUCCAGAAUUCAUUGCAAGACUUUAUCAACUGGUUGACCCAAGCUGAGCAAAGCCUGAACAUUGCACCACCUCCUAGUCUCAUCCUGGACACUGUCCUUUUUCAGAUUGACGAGCAUAAGAUUUUUGUAAAUGAGGUUAAUGUACAUCGUGAGCAAAUAAUUGAGCUGGACAAAACCGGUAACCAGCUAAAGUUCCUCAGUCAGAAGCAGGAUGUUGUCCUGAUCAAGAAUCUACUGCUGAGUGUCCAGUCUAGAUGGGAAAAGGUGGUUCAGAGAUCUGUGGAGCGAGGCCGUCACUUGGACGACGCACGGAAGAGAGCAAAACAGUUCCAUGAAGCCUGGAAGAAAUUGGUAGACUGGUUGGAAGAAGCAGAGAAUCACCUGGAUUCAGAAAUGGAAAUCUCCAAUGAUCCAGACAAGAUUAAAUUACAGCUUUCUAAGCACAAGGAAUUCCAGAAGACAUUAGGUAGUAAACAGCCAGUGUAUGACACGACUGUCAGGACCGGACGUGCUUUAAAAGAGAAGGCCUCACUAAAUGAUGAUGUGCAGAGGCUAGACCAUCUUCUUGGAGAAGUGAGGGAUAAAUGGGAUACAGUGUGUGGAAAAUCAGUUGAAAGACAGCAUAAGCUGGAAGAAGCCUUGCUGUUCUCUGGCCAGUUUAUGGAUGCUUUACAGGCACUGGUUGAUUGGCUAUACAAGGUGGAACCUCAGUUGGCAGAAGAUCAGCCCGUCCAUGGAGAUCUGGAUCUUGUAAUGAACUUGAUGGAUGCCCAUAAAGUUUUUCAGAAAGAGCUCGGGAAGAGAACCAGCAGCGUUCAAGCUGUAAAACGUUCUGCCCGGGAACUGCUGGAUAGUAGUAGAGAGGAUACCACCUGGGUGAAGGUUCAACUUCAGGAACUUAGCACACGUUGGGACACUGUCUGUAAACUGUCAGUGUCUAAGCAGACCCGUCUGGAGCAAGCUCUGAAACAGGCUGAGGAGUUCCGUAGCACCGUCCAUAUGCUGUUAGAGUGGCUGUCAGAAGCAGAACAGACCUUGCGUUUUCGGGGUGCUCUUCCUGAUGAUGCUGAGGCUUUGCAGUCGCUCAUUGAUGUUCACAAGGAAUUCAUGAAUAAAGUUGAAGAGAAGCAGGUAGAUGUGAACACAGCCGUCAGUAUGGGAGAGAGGAUUCUAACUAUGUGCCACCCAGACUGUAUCACCACAGUCAAGCACUGGAUCACUAUCAUCCGAGCUCGAUUCGAGGAGGUUUUGACUUGGGGGAAUCAACACCAGCAGAGGUUGCAAACCGCUCUUGCUGAACUUCUUGCCAAUUCUGACCUACUAGAUGAGUUGUUAUCUUGGAUCCAAUGGGCUGAAACCACACUCAUCCAAAGGGAUCAGGAGCCUAUGCCUCAAAACAUUGAUCAAGUCAAAGCCCUAAUCUCUGAGCAUCAGGUGUUCAUGGAGGAAAUGACUCAGAAGCAACCAGAUGUGGAUAGAGUGACAAAGACGUACAAGAGGAAAACCGACCCUAACCAUGCCUCAUUCAGUGACAAGACCCGAAACAGGAAACCUGCAGUGCAGUCCACCCCACCAGUCUUUCAGAUGCCCUCCCAGUCGGAGAACAAGAACCCUAGAGUCAAUCAGUUGUCUGCCCGUUGGCAGCAGGUGUGGUUAUUAGCAUUGGAGAGACAGCGAAAGCUCAAUGAUUCUCUAGACAGGUUGGAAGAGUUAAAAGAAUUUGCCAACUUUGACUUUGACAUCUGGAGGAAGAAAUACAUGCGGUGGAUGAAUCACAAGAAAUCGCGGGUCAUGGAUUUCUUCCGCAGGAUAGACAAAGACCAGGAUGGGAAAAUUACCAGACAAGAAUUUAUUGAUGGGAUAUUGGCAUCCAAAUUUCCAACCACAAAACUAGAAAUGACAGCUGUGGCUGAUAUCUUUGAUGGUGAUGGUGAUGGAUACAUCGAUUACUAUGAGUUUGUAGCCGCCCUUCAUCCCAAUAAAGAUGCUUAUCGGCCGACUACUGAUGCAGAUAAGAUUGAGGAUGAAGUCACCAGGCAGGUGGCACAAUGUAAAUGUGCAAAGCGAUUCCAGGUGGAACAGAUCGGAGAGAACAAAUACAGGUUCUUCCUAGGGAACCAGUUUGGAGACUCUCAACAGUUGCGCUUAGUGCGUAUACUGCGCAGCACAGUGAUGGUUCGAGUUGGAGGAGGCUGGAUGGCUCUAGAUGAAUUUUUGGUGAAAAACGAUCCUUGCCGAGUUCAUCAUCCAGGAAUUAAAUUAAAGAGAACAGAUUCCGUCUCAUCCAUAGGCUUUGCAAGGGGAAGAACUAAUCUCGAGCUGCGAGAGAAGUUUAUACUACCCGAAGGGGUUUCCCAGGGAAUGACUCCCUUCAGGUCACGAGGGCGAAGGUCAAAACCGUCUUCCAGGACUGCCUCUCCUACUAGGUCCAGCUCCAGUGCCAGCCAGAGUAACCAUAGCUGUACCUCUGUUCCAUCCUCACCCGCUACCCCUGCAAGUGGUUCAAAGACUCCACAGCAGCCAUCUCGCUGUUACGAGAAGCCCUGGCUUGUAAACAGCAAGACUGGCACGCCCUCUAGGGGUUUCGAAUACUCAGACUUCCAGAUCCCAUCGUGUGAGGUAACACCAGCACAAAGCAGCAAAAUGAAGAAAGCUGCUAUCCAUACAAGCCGUUCAUCCCUCACAGGAGACAUGUCUGGAACCACGCCUUCUGGUGCCAAAUCAAGUCGACCUGAUCCUAAGAAAAGUGGCAGCCGUGCCGGGAGCCGUACAGGAAGCCGUGCCAGCAGCCGCAGAGGGAGUGAUGCCUCCGACUUUGAUCUUCUAGAGACACAGUCCGCUUGUUCCGACACCUCAGAGAGUAGCGCUGCUGGUGGUCCAUCCCGCAGAGGACUGUCUAAACCUUCUAAAAUCCCCACCAUGUCAAAGAAAACUGCCAGCACUCCUAAAACAUCAGCCACCAAGAGAUAGUCCUAACUGAAGCUACGCUCUGGCACACGUGCAGAUGGCCUAUACAUGGGACAGGCCGUGACAUUUUCUAUCCUACACUGUACAUCUGGAUGUACGUGGAUUCUCUGUGGAGAGAUUUCUAGCGUCUAUACAUGUAUACAAGAAAAAUGUUUAUAACUGCCUUAUCUGUUCUGUUUUUGUAUGUUACUACUUCCAUGUGAAUAUUUCUGUAGAUACAAAGCCUUGUGUGAAUUCCUGGUAAGAUUCAGGGACUCUCGGAGUGUAAAACAGGAGAGUAGACGGCUAGUGAUCAGAUUUUUGUGGGUUAUGAGACCCUUUUUGUUAGGGUUAAUAUCCCAUGGCUACACUACUAAACUUUACUAUGGAAAUCCUCUGUUUUGUAUAUGAACUAUUCUUGAUUAAAUUGCAGAGGAUCAGAGACUGACACGAGAUUUUAAUAAGAUUUAGUCUUUCUGAAUUGACAGCACUUGCACAUCUUGCUUUGACCAUGUAAUAAAGAUAUCAAGUCUCUUGCCGAUGAAGUGGACACUGUGGGAGCUACUACCACGCGUGACAAUAAUUUCCAAAAUCCUGGUGCAGCAUAGAUUAGCGUAUGCUUCUCCUCCGCCAUUUUGCACUCCUGCCAGAUUCAGCGGAUUUUCUAAUUGUAAACUCCAUAUGUUUUAUUUAUCUGCUUAGGAAUUUUCUUAUUUAUUAUUUAAUGCUCAUUCCACGUAGAAUUUGUGUGACAUGUUCAUUUUUUUGUAAGAAACACUCACAGUUGUGCGUCCGACGAAUGGGACUCACCAGCACAAUUCCUUCCUCACGUUUGUAUGCUGGCUUCGUCUAACAGACCAACCCUGUGGGGUGGAAGGGGUUAGGGCUCGGAUGGAUCCCUCCUGUUAUCGGUCAUUACAUCCAGUUCUUACCAGGCUGCUGUGUGAUUUUCUCAGUUAGUUUGCUACAGACAUUGAUGCUGUACCAAUGAACUGUUAAACAACAACACUUUUGUAUUAAAAUUGCUUGCAGUAACAACUUA